GAAAUAAAAAUGGAUCAAAAAGAUACCUCCAAACCUAUAGAGAGACAUAAAUAAAUAUAAUCUCCUUAACCAUUAGACCUUGAUAAACCAGAUGAAUAUAAAAAUUAAUUAGAACUCCCUAAACCAGCAAUAUUUUCCUAAAAAUUUAUCCAUUAAAAUUCAAUUGUUCCAAUUCUUCCAAGCCCAAAACCAUAACCUCCACGAUCACAACCAAAACCAAAAUAAAAAUUACCGAUUACCGAUUAAGAAUUAUAAAAAAAUUAAUAGAAAUAUCCAAUUGCAUUAUUUUUAGGUAGUGCAGGAGUUGGUAAAACAUCAAUAAUAACAACUAUUUUUUCAGGUUAUAUUAGUAAUUUAAAAGAAUUUUAAUUAUAUCCAGCAAGAAUAGAAGAUUCUUUAAUUUAUAAUUUUGUAGAUACAAAAGCAUUUGAUUUUGAAUCAAAUAUAGAUGAAAGAGAAUAAUAAAUAAAACUCUAUUAAUCUAUAUUUUAUAAAUAUCCAAAUAAAGUAGGAUAACUAUUUGUAGUUGUUAAUUUUGAAAGAACUGAUUUGAUGAAAAAAAAAUUAUUGUCAAUAUAUAAGUUCUUUAGAAAAUUUUCAUCUAUUAUAAGCAUAAUAGUAACUGAUAUCCAAUUAAGUGAUAAUCAAGAAUAAAGUGAAAAAGAUUUGAAAAAAAAUUUUUAAUAUUUCAAAGCUUAAAAUAUUAUAUUUGUAAGAAGAGAUACACAAGGAGAUGAAUUAUUAUCAAAAUUGAAAAAUUCAUUAAAUAAAAUUUAAGAUGAUUAUGAAUUCGAUUUAACAGAUACUAUUUUUGAAAAAGAAGAUGAAGAAGAAACGAAAAGGCUAUAAGAUUAACUGAUGUAAAGAUUUAAAUGA